AGUCUCAUUAUGUACCAAGUAAACAUACUUUCUGCUUAGUCUGAUUCUGUGUUUGUGUGAAGUCCUCUGGGUAGAUUCACCCAGCCUGCUCCAUCUGUGUCUUCUUGUCUUUGGCUUUUAAUUUGUUCACUGUGAAUAUUUACAGCAGACAUUAAUAAAUUAUAAAGAAAGUAGACGUUUCCUUCCACGUGUCCGGGAGACGUUUGUGUUUUUGGCAGCUGUGGAAAAUUCAUCAUCCGUCUGGAUGUGUGUGAACGACUUGUCACCCCAGCCGUGUGAUUCCACCUGAGGUUGGGAAGCUUAACUCCUCCCCUCUCAUAGGGCAGCUUCAUGGAUUUGUCAUCAUGAUAUUCGCCCCGUCAGUCCUCCCUUAUCUUCAGCCUUGGCCCCGCCCUCUUCUUCGCCACCUCCUGUCAGAGUUCUGGCCUAAUGGCUGCGCAGCGUCAUGGAGACGGCUGAGCACGAAGGGCCACGCCCCUCAGUCUGUGAUUGGUCAGGACUCGGUGCAGGUGUUCGGCCAGUCAUACCCGCGUGAUGACUUCACCAACGUCACUCCAAAGAUCUUGGAAAAGGUGGGCCGCAACCUCCACAACCAAUCCCAUCAUCCUCUCUGGCUGAUCAAGGAGCGCAUCAAAGCUCACUUCUACAGCUCGUUCGUCGGCCGUUCGGGAAACCCCCUGUUCUCCGUCCACGACAACCUGAGUCCUGUGGUGACCACGGAGCAGAACUUUGACAGCUUGUUGAUCCCGCCCGGACACCCCAGCAGGAAACGAGGAGACAACUAUUACCUGAACAGGGCGACGAUGCUUCGCGCUCACACGUCCGCCCACCAGAGGGACCUGGUGAGGUCGGGGCUGGACGCCUUCCUGCUGGCCGGAGACGUUUACAGGCGGGACGAGAUCGACGCCAGCCACUACCCCGUCUUCCACCAGAUGGAGGGAGUGCGACUCUUCUCCAACCGCCAGCUGUUCUCCCGGGUGCAGAACGGUGGCGAGCUGUCUCUGUUCGAGCGAGGAGGGCGGCGGUCUCCCGAGAAGCAGGAGACGCACACUCUGGAGGCGGUGAAGCUGGUGGAGUUCGACCUCAAACGCACUCUGACACAACUCGUCUCUUACCUGUUCGGAGCAGAUCUGGAGAUCAGGUGGGUCGACUGCUACUUCCCCUUCACCCACCCGUCCUUUGAGAUGGAGGUGCGUUUCCAGGGCGACUGGAUGGAGGUGCUGGGCUGUGGCGUGAUGGAGCAGGAGCUGCUGAACUCUGCGGGGGCGGGGGACAAGCUGGGCUGGGCGUUCGGUCUGGGCCUGGAGAGGCUGGCGAUGGUCCUCUACAGCAUCCCGGAUAUCCGGCUAUUCUGGAGUCGGGACGAGCGCUUCCUCAAACAGUUCAGAGUUCAGGACAUCCACCAACCCGUCUGCUUCCAGCUGCUCAGUAAGUACCCACCUCUCCAUAACGACAUCUCCUUCUGGCUGCCGGACGGCAAAGAGAGCGAGGCCGGCAGAGAGAGCUUCACAGAGAACGACUUCUACGAGCUGGUGCGCUCCAUCGGAGGAGACCUGGUGGAGAAAGUGUCUCUCGUGGACAAUUUCACACACCCAAAGACCGGGAGGCGGAGUCAGUGUUACCGCAUCAUCUACCGCCACAUGGAGCGAACUCUGACCCAGCAGGAGGUCCGACGUGUCCACCAGCAAAUCGAACAAGCUGCCGAGAGCGAGCUGGGCGUGCAGGGCCGAUUCUGACACACACACCACACACACACACACACACACACACACACAUAUAAAUGUAUUUCUAUACCUCAGAGCUGUUAAGUAGCUGUGAGAUUUCACUGUGAGGGGAAACACGUUGACUUCAAUAAAGACGUCACUGUCUUUGAUGCUGCGCACACACACACACACACACACACACACACACACACACACACACACACACACUUUUCGGCUCCUCUCAGGUGAAACAUCACUUGUGUCACUUUUAAUCUCCCAAACUCGUCCUCGGCUGUUCGGACGGCAGCUGCUGGACUACAGAGAACAUCAGAGCGUCUUCAUCAUCCCUGCCUGGGAUAAUAAAUCCAUCAGACUGAACCGAGCGCCGUCUGCACA